ACCUCACUUCCGCUUCUACUGUUUCCCCAAAUUCGAAGCUGAAAUCCAAGGUUUAAUCAGCUCAGUUUCGCAAAAUCUCUGCAUUGAUUGAAUCGGAGAGGGAAAAUGGCGUCGACGUUUAUGCAGCAAUUCGCGAAGAAGAAGACCGUAGUGAAGCGAUCGUCGAAGAAGUAUUUGACGGAGGCGCUGUACAAGAAGCUGCUCAGCGAUGGCGGCGAGGAGAGGAGCGUCAGGGCGAAGACGAACGAGUUUCUCAAGUCGCGUAAGAGUGCUUACAAAUGGGAGGUUGGCCGCACCGUGAAGAUUCUCCGCGGCCGCAAACUGUACGGACCCGCUGUCAAGAUAUCCGAGACUAUGGAGAAAAGAGGGAUGAAUAAAACCGUGAGUGACCAAGCUAUUCAUCUUGAUCUGAUAGCGAAAAGCCGAGGCAUUGCUGCUGCCGAGACCUAUUUUGUGUCUCUGCCGGAGUCAUCAAAAACGAAUCUCACUUACAGCGCUCUUCUCAAUUGCUACUGCAAACUCUCAAUGACUUCAAAGUCUGAGACUAUGUUCGAGAGGAUGAAAGAACUUAAUUUGGAGAUGACUUCCAUGCCGUACAACAGCCUCAUGACCCUGAACAUGAAAAACGAGCUGCCACAGCUCGUCCCUGCACUUGUCAAAGAAAUGAAGGAGGCUGGCGUCAUGCCUGACGUUUACACCUACAAUGUGUGGAUGAGGGCUCUUGCUGCCACGGGUGAUAUUGACGGGGUCGAGAGGGUUAUUGAUGAGAUGAAGAGAGAUGGCCGAGUUGCAGCAGAUUGGACGACAUACAGCAAUCUGGCAUCUAUCUAUGCUGAUGCCGGAGCAUUUGAUAAAGCUGAGGCGGCACUUAAGGAGCUGGAGAGCAGAAAUGCCCGCAGAGAACUCUCGGCUUACCAAUUCCUGAUCACACUGUACGGACGCACUGGGAAUCUGCUCGAAGUGUAUCGAGUGUGGCGUUCGUUGAAGCUAGCUUUUCCAAAAACCGCAAACUUGAGUUAUCUGAACAUGAUUCAGGUGUUGGUUAAGCUGAAUGAUCUACCAGGUGCUGAGAAAUGUUUCCACGAGUGGGCGACUGCUUACUCAACCGGUAGCUCGACUUUUGAUAUCCGUAUCGCGAACGUCCUCAUCAGCGCUUAUCUGAAAGAAGGUUCUCCCGAGAAGGCAGACAAGCUGAGAAGGCACGCCAAGAGGAGAGGAGCGAAGCCCAACGCCAAAACCUGGGAGCAUUACAUCGACUACUAUAUGAAGAAGGAAGAGUUCAAACCACUCGUGAAGUGCGUCAACAAUGCCGUCACAGCUGGCUGGGCUAACGGAGCCGAGUGGGCCCCAUCACCCGAAGUCGUGGAGGCUGUUAUGCGGCACUUUGAGCAGAGCAAGGACGUCGGGGGCGCUGAAGGGUUCGUGAAGAUCCUGAAGGAGCCGACAGCCAAGGUCUUCGAGUCGUUGAUUCGAACUUACGCAGCCGCCGAGAAGAAGAGUCACGUCAUGCAUCGCAGGGUGAAGAUGGAGAAGAUGGAAUUGAGUAAAGAAGGGAAAAUGUUGCUGGAUGAAAUAUCUGCAGCAUGAGGUUGUUUCAAUUUUUGAAGUCUUACCUAUUGGAGAUUUAUCUUUCAAGUGACAUUGUAGAAGAUUUGCAGCUGAUUUUGUUUGGUUAUCACUUUCUUCACAUGAAAGUUUGUAGCUUUCAUCAACCAUUAGUUGGAACUUGUAAUAAUGGUAGAUGUGAUUUCAUAGCAUUUUUCUGUUAAGUUUCUAGAAAUGAAACACCAUAUCUUUUUUCUUGA